AUGAUGACACCGCCUCUUUCCAACUUAGCAAAAGAGGAUGAUGAGUCUUUCUUAAACUACCUCAAGAGUCUACCUCCUAUAGACACCAACAACUGUGGAGCAUCUUUGAAUUCACUUGACAUGGAUUCUACUCCUACAUUUCACUCCUACGUCAUAUCAAACUUUCUCGCCUUAAAUGAGCCCAUGAGAAAUAACCCUUUAGAUACAUCAAUGCCUCAACAUUUUUCUGAGGAUGCAAAUAAAAUACAUUCACAUGAAGAAGCUGAUAAAGUUAUUGCCACCCAAGAUUACUCACCUGGACAUCAUCCUUUAAUCUCAAGUGAUGAGUACCCUAACUAUCUGCUAGACUUUCUUGCCAUGCCAGUACCGAAUGAUAUCUAUGUACAAGAUGGUGCUAUGAAAGAUUCAGUUGAGGGUGGAAAUUAUAUUCAAGAAGUAGGUCAGAUCGAGGCAAACAUUGAAGUUCCAGAUUGUGAUGGCGAAAACGUUAUUAGUGAAAUGCAAUCUUUAACUUUAAUGGAUAGAAAUCCAAUUGAGUGGAAGAAUGCUAGUAAUAAAAUGUGUGGGAGUACUAACAUAAUGCCAUUUCAGGACCUAACAAAUAAACAGUUGAAUCCUCCAAACUUGAAAAGGAAGAGGACAUGUCAGAUUGAUUUGGAUACUUCUUGCUUAACAAAUGAAAAUCAGGAAGAAACUGUUGAUUUCUAUAAGAGUAUCCCCACAAAAAAGAUGAAAAUCCACAAUUCAGAUGCAUGCAAUAACUGUAAAUGUAAAAAAUCUCAGUGUUUGAAACUUUAUUGUGUGUGCUUUGCUACUGGAGUUUACUGCACAGGACCUUGUUCAUGUCAAAACUGCUUGAAUAGACCUAUUAACAAAGAUAAAAUCCUGGAAGCUCGCAAGAAGAUUGUGCCUAAAGUUGAGGACCCCAACAAAAGCGGAUGCAAAUGCUAUAAAUCAAACUGCCUAAAGAAAUAUUGUGAAUGUUUUAAGGCUGGUGAUGGUUGCUCCCCGAGUUGUAACUGUCGAGGAUGUGAGAAUAUACAUGGUAGAAGGAUCGUGUGGUUGGAACAAAAUCUCAGCUUGAAGAACUAG